CUUAUUUAAUCUCUGGGUAGCAACUGGAGGUAAAAGUAAACCUCUUAUGAUUCAAGUUCAAUAUCUUGCAACUACAUGCAUAUAUUUUCUUGGCGACAUACCUAAGUGAUUGAAAUUAUUAUUAUUUUUUUGAUAAGGAGAGGAAAUUAGAAUCACUUUCCUAUAGUACAAGAAAACAUUUUCCUCCAUUUCCAAAGGAUAUGUAAGAGUAAUUGUCACUCCAUAUUUUUUUUCUAUGUCAUAGGAGAAUUUGCUGCUGCUUUUCCAGAACAAUUGGAAUUUUGAUACAUGGUCUCAAUUGACCCCAUUAGUAUAAAGAAGAAAAACUGAGCAUUUUAAUUAUAUUGGAAUGUGUUUAACAGAGUUUUGUAAGAGAUAACAUACCCAUUCUGGAAUAAUGAAGUGCAACACUUGAUAAAUGUAAAGUGUUAUAACUAGGUUUUGGAGGUGUGAAAACAAUGAAUAAUCGCUAGGUUUGUUGCAGUAUAAAAGUAGAUUCUCUUCCUAUUUAGAGAACUAUUUCUCAGGAGGUAUACUGUAUUGCAAAAAAAUAUUUAUUGAGAAAUGAUGGUUUUGAAGCAAAUCUAACAAAAUAUAUUUAUCUUAAUAAAAAGAAGGUUGGAAAAAUGGCUUCUAACAAAAGCAAAUAUUCCUAUAGACAACAAUCUCUGCCACGGAUGUAUUUAAUGGAUUUGCAUAACACUCAAAACUUUUGUGUUAAAUUUGACCUAAGUGUAGCCAUUCUAUAAGGUUACUAAAGACAGCCAUUUAUUGAGCUGAAAUGGUGAUAUGUUUCUGUAAUGUCUGAACUACUUGUCUUGUUCAUGUCAAUACAGCCUCAGUCCAUGAUGCAUCGGUAUGGGGGAACCCCAGCAUUCCUAGAUUCCCAAGUAAUUUUUUCUACCAUUCAGGAACGGCCAGGCUCUUUCUCACCACCACCCACCUGCCCUUCGGGGGUGUCCAUUUCUCAACGGCGCAAAAGUACUUCUAUCCUUGAAGCCCAAACUUGCCAUUUCCAGCCGUUGUUCAAGACCAAUCAAAAUCUACUUCUCCCUGGUGGUAGUCCAACAAUUUGGACACCAGAGACAUUAGCGACAAUGAGCACAACUGCUCAUAACUCCACAAGAGAACACAUUCAGGCUAACACUGUGUCGAACUCUACUCAAACCUGGAAUGAUUACAGACCUGGACAAGCAACUUCGAAAGAUGCUACAAACACAUUGACCCAAGAAGCAUUAUAUUUAGUGGGCAUGCACUAUCAAUCUCAAUUACCUGAACACUAUGAGACACUAUCCUAUAAUGCUCAAGGAACGGAGCCAAACCUGCUGCAAGCUCCUGAACCAAGAAGUGUACAAGGUGGCCCUCUUCAGAAUUCUGCUUUUGAAUAUCAAACAGGGCAGACAUUUUUGGCAAGACAAAUUCAAAAUUUGAGAUUGGAUUCUGGAAUGAAUCCAUCAUUGCCAGUGUCCGGCAUAUCGGCUCCAUUGAGCGCAGACACCAUACAGAUGAAUUUUCAUCCAGUCUUUGUUCCACAUUCUGCACCUGCUAUACUCUCUCACAACGGGGAUGGUCAAACAAGCGUGUUUGAAUUCCAUGUUCAAACUCCCAGUGUAACUGCAGGAGAAAGUACAACCUUACCUCAGUGUGUUUAUAGAAAUCGUCACACAGAUUUUAACCAGGAGGAAUCUACCCAAAGAACUUCACAGCCUGUUCGUCUUCAGCCUGUAAAAGAGGAACAGAGUAACUAUAUGAGUUCUGAGUUCAUGAUGAGUAGAGGCAGUUCUGUUCUCCAGAGCUGGCUUGAAGGUAGCCCAGGGCAUUCCAGUGACUCAUCACAGUUAAAUUCUUCCGAUACUGGUGAUUUUCUGUCGCCCCCUCCGAGUGGGACAUCUGUAUCAUAUGCCACAGAUUUCUCUUUUUCCGCUUCCCAAAUGGCUCAGAAGGUAUUGCCAGAUUCACAGAUCUUCAUCCACUUUCCACAGGGAGCUUCAUCUGAACAGGCACUCUCUACAUUGGUUUCAACAAGAUCACCUGCAUUCUAUUCUCAGGUUACCAGUACAAAUGCUUCCAGAUUUUCUUGGGUUUUUAGUGUUAUCUUGGCACUAUAGUAUAGGAUUCCUUACAUUCCUUUCUCCCUUCCCAAGAUACUCUGGUACUGAAGGACAAAUUGUUUCUCCAGGAAUGUGUUGCCUGUUGAAACCAUUUCUCCUCCGUGGGACUAUUAUGUGUAGCGUGUAUUGAUCGUAAGCAAAUCUCUGUUGUAGGGCUGUGUAAUAGGCUAUGGUAAAAAGGUUUUACUUCAUUGCAUUAAAGUAAAAAUCCUGUCUUUUUACUUAUCUGAAGCUAAGUUUGGAAGCUCAGGUAAGUGAAAUUUAUAGCUUCUUUUCACCAUCUGAAAAUGAAAAAUCUGGGAAGUUUGGAUGUUUUGAGAUCUUUUAGAAGCACUCAAACAUCAUUGUUCAUUUUUAUAAAAAUAUUAAUCCAGUAUUUCCCUAUUCAAAUUGUAUAUUAUGACUGCUUAAUGUAAAAUCAACAGAAAUGAUGGUUCACAUGUAUGUUGUGCUUAUACAGAACAUCCAGAGAUUUUGAACUUUAUAAAAUAAAUGUGUUGUGAAUCCUUAAUAUAAAUUUCAGGUCAACAAACCAAUAUAAAAUUAAAUAGGAGUAAGUCCUAUGAAACUUAACAAAACCUAUUUUAUAGAGAGAAUUGCACUUACUGAUUUUAUGUUUUGAGGUUAUAAUAUUAUUCCAGCUUACCAAAGACUAGGUUCACUACAGGUAGUCCUUAACUUAUGGGCGUAAUAGAUCCUGGAAUUAUGGUUGUAAAUUGUUGCGGUAGCAAGUUGAGGGAUCAUGUGACUGGACCACAGUUUUUGUGGCAGUCAUUAAGCAGGCGCCAUGGUCAUUAAGCAAAUCAAUUUUCUGCAACAGAAGUUUCUUGUCAGAACCCCAAAAUAAACAUCAGACACUGGCAAAAAUGCCACCAAAAGAUCACAGUUAUGUGACUGCAGGAUGCUGCCAACGCCCCUAAAUGGGAGUCGGUUGCCAAAGUCAAAAAAUGUGACCACGUGAUGGUGUGUGUGUGUGUGUGUUGCAUCAUAACUUCAAAAACAGGUUGUAAGUACCUUUUGGGGUGGGGGGGUCUGUCAUAAUUUUGAACAGUCAUUAAGCGAUCGGUCAUAAGUCAAGGACUACCUAUAAACAAUAUGUGUCUGACCUGUAAAUAAAUAUGAGUUGGAUUACAUAAUGUAUCGCUCAGCUUCUAAAAUUAUAUUACUUUGCACAUACGAUACUUUCAUAGACGUAUCAUAUGUGCAGAUUAAUGCAAUUUUAGAUGCUUUGCAAUACAUUAUAUACAUAUACUCAAAUAUAAAAUUCUCCACUUCAACAAAAAAGUAAUUUUGACUCCCAGUUUUCCAUUUUCCAAGAUUCUGCCUUCCUUCCCCAUCUUAAGCAUUUCAGGAAAUUUUACACCCCAAUCCAUAAUUGGCACCCAUUGAAGAUAUGCAUAAGGAGUAAUAGUAGUGAGACAUGUCCGCUCCUCUUUCUCCUUAAUUAAACUAAAUUAGUUGUUGAUCAGUGUGGUCAAACUGUGACAAUGAGACAUCAAAACACCUCAGAAACACCUAAAACUUGCUUAAUCAGACAGUAGAGGAUAUAAUUCUCACAAUAAAGUGUGCGAAUUAUACAAUCUUCAGCUGUUUGAAAAACUAUAAAACGAAGUUACAAACAACAUAACAUAACAUAAAACAUAAAACAAAGUUACAAACAUAGAUAAUAAUUUCCGCCCCCCUCUGGUCCACCGAAAAACCUCUCUCACGAAACCGUUCCCUGGUGCACAAAAGGUUGGGGCUGCUGCCUUAUAUCCACUUGCUAUCCAUUCUGUUGGGAAAUUGUGUUAUGUGUCAAGUCCCUUUUUUGGUAUGGAACUUGUUUUUUUUCUUUCUUCCGUUGUUUCUAUUACUAUUUACUACUUUUUAAAAUACAUUGAUGUUACCCAACUUGGUAGCCAACCAUUUGGGAACCAACCCACAAACUUGGAGAAUGAACCUCCGCUCUUAUCCUCCAUCCAAGCUACAGAUAUUUGCCACUAACACAAACUUUUUAAAAUGUUUAUUUUCCCUGACCCAGUCUUGAUCUUAGGGGGGAAAAAAAUCUGCCCUACAUUCAGAAUAUUUAAUUUUCUUCUACCCUUCACUAAUUAUAUCAUCCUUCAUAAAUAUCAAAACGGUCAUAUUUGUUGAUUCAUUCUUUUUCCAUGUAUGCAUGCACGAGUAGAUAUGCUUAACCAUAUAUUUGAAACAAUUCUUUUUUAAGCAGUGCAAUAUCUUUGGGUUUUCCAAUAGCCCAGACCCUUUUUCUGUAGUUUUGUUCCCAUCUGUCCCUUCAUUGCACCUAACAGGAUUAUUUUUUUAUGCAUUGAAUUAAUUCAAAAUAUUACAUUAUUUUUCUAUAGUUUUCACUGAUUCCUCCAUUACCAUCUUUCACAUUCGUAACAUGUGGAAUCACUUAUAUAUGAUUCCAUAUACCGCUUAGAUCAGGGGUCUCCAAC